AUGGAGGAAGAACAUUACGCAUCGAAAAAGUAUCCAAUUGCAGCGAAAACACGCAAAUCGAAGCUCAAUUUCCUUGCCGGUGUUUUUAGACACUAUGAGAAAAAGCAAAAGGAUGCCACGGUCCCCAAGGAACCACGCAUUAACCUGUCGGUACCGGGUACACCGGUUUGUUCCCGCUAUCUUUCGCGGAGACGUUCGGGCCAACUGGCAGAGCCAAGUGAUGAGAAUGAUAUCGAUUCGAGCAAGAAUGAUCCGGUAGUGAACGAGCUCAUCGUUAGCAGUAUUGUGCUGGAUAAGUUCCUGAAGGAUAUGCAUACACUGUCGAUGGAUAAGGAAAAUUCAGGACCUGCUUCGGAGAAGAAGCCCAACCCGGGCAACAACCAUGCAACGACCGAGGAGUUCUUCGCCAAGUCGGACGAACGGAAGGCCUACCAUCGCACAUUUUCCGAAGCUGUGGGCACCGUCGGAGACACACCGGUAAUCGAGAAAAACCCGGUGGUGAAGAAAUAUUUCGAGCAGUCUGCCAGUCAGCAAACAUAUCGGCGAGACUUUUCCGAAGCGUACGGCGAGCUGGUCGAGCCGGAUCCGAUCGUUCCGGAUGAUAAGAAAUCGAAACCGAAGAAGAAGGCAAAGAAGACCAGCUCAAAGAUAGCAAAGUCCGGUGAUACGCGCCCACCGAAGCUCAUCAGCGACUCCUCGGACGAUGAGCGGUCGGAGGAGGAUAGAGGCGCUUUCUUGCAGGAAUUGGAACUGUUGAAGGAAUCCAAAAAAAGCCUCGAGGAUAAGUUACACGCCUACCAGACGAAAACAGCGACGGCUGGGGCGCAGGAAGUGUCGGUUGCGAAACCCAAUCAAACCCAACAGUUCUUUGAAGAGUCGGAACAAGCCAGAACGUACCAGCGGACGUUCUCGCAGGCGGUGCAAACAUUACCCACUGCAGCGGAUGUGCGCGAUCCGGCGUUGCUGCAGUACUUCAACGAAUCCGCCUCACGGCAAACAUACAAAAGAGAGUUUUCCGAAGCGUACAACGAGUACGAACCGGGUCCGGUGACGCCGCCCAACGUCAAACUAACAGUUCCAGGCACACCGAUCAGCUCGAGGCAUUUGCGCAAAUUAAAACCGGACGUCGACACAGUCCGUCCGUCCACCACCGAACAACUACAACAACACUCUGCGGCUGAAAAAUCCUCCAUCGCCCUGGCCGAGCAGUUGGAGGCGUUCAACCGAGAGCUGGAGGACCUGCGGCAAACCAAACCAUCGGUUGCUGUACCACCUUCGAAGAAAACCCUUCCGGUCGCGCCCGAUUUCUGCGUAGACAGCUACCUCAACACGUCGAGCCAGAAGCAAACGUACAGCCGGUCCUUCUCCGAGGCGGCCCAACCGUUUGCCCAGUCGGAUGUGAAAAGUCCGGCCGUGCGUUCGUUCUUUGAAGACUCAUCGCGCAAGGGCACGCUGCGGCGGGAUUUCUCCGAAGCAUAUCAAGAGGUGGAGGUGUUAGCCGCUUCCGCACGCGAAGCUGAUGUAACCGUGAAAAAACAGCCAACCGAUGCAUCAUAUGACCGGGAUCAAGAUAACAGCUCCAUUUCACGCCCCACCGCCGUUGAUGGUAACCCGCCCCAGAGUUCCCCAGCGGGCGCCAGCGUCAUUUCCAUCCCGGGCACACCGAUUAGCACGAAGAAAUUGGCCGCGUUCCGGCGUAGCAACAGUGUGGAACCGGCGUGCAAGACAAAGGAAGUAACGGCUACGGUAGCGGCCCCCGAGGGAGCGAUUCCGGCGAUGGCUAGAGUUCCGCUGACGCCGCAGCUUGAUGUUUCAGUGCCAAACCUGCCGACCACGGUGAUGACGACAAUCCAGGAAGCCUAA